AUGUUAUCCCUAAACUACUUAAUUAGUAUACUUCAAAUAGUCACUUGUUCAAGUGAUUUUGAUAAUAUCAACGUGAAAUUCGAUAGUUAUUUACGUCCUGAUGAACCUGAUCUUCAUAUGUUAGAUGACUCUAAUUAUCAAGGUCAUGAACAUUAUGAUGAUUUUGGACAACACUACAGUGAAUAUGAUCACGAUCUAAUUACUGGUUCCCAUGAAUAUUCACAGAAAUUUAAAGAAUUAGAUCCAGAAGAAGCAAAAUCACAAUUAGGAAAAUUAUUCCAUAAAAUUGAUAUUGACAAUAAUUUAAAAAUUGAUAAGCAGGAGUUGAAAGAUUGGAUUAUCCAGUCAUUUAUUUCCCUUGAUCUUGAAGCGUCCAAACCACGUUUUAAGGAAUACGAUGCCGAUGGUGAUGGUCAAGUUGCUUGGUCUGAAUAUACAAAUAAAAUUUAUGGUUACACAGCUCAAGAGCUAGAAGAUUUUCGUAAAGAUAGCAAGAACGAUACAAAGUUAUUUAUCCAGUCUUUAGAUGAGGAAAAGUUGAAGUUCGAUUCAGCUGAUCAAGAUAAAACUGGUUAUUUAAAUGAAACAGAAUUUGUUGCAUUUGAACAUCCUCAUAAUUAUCGUCAUAUGGCACCGUAUGAAUUAAAGCAUACUUUAAGGGAUUUCGAUAAAGAUAAAGACGGAUUUAUUAGUGAACUUGAAUACUUAGCCGAUGAUAAAAUGAAUAAAGAUGCACUAAUUAUAGAAAGAGAGAAUUUUAAGAACUACGACAUUAAUGGUGAUGGAAAACUAGAUCCAAAUGAAAUGGCAUUAUGGGUUACACCAGGUUUUGACAAAACAGCCACCGAUGAAACUGAACAUUUAUUCAAUGAAACUGAUAAAGACAAAGAUGGUUCAUUAACAAAAGAGGAAGUACUUAAUCAACAUGAUUUAUGGGUUGGAAGUCAAGCAACUGAUUAUGGAAGGCAUUUAGAGAACUUACCAAAAGAUGAACUAUAG